AUGUCAAACGAGGCUACCAUCGCACUUGAAAAUGGCGCCGUGCUAGUGAAACAAAAAAGGUUGCUUUCGCGAUUUUUCACUGACAAGGUACCACCAAUACCGUUGCCAGAAGAGAGGCUAGAAUACGGCUACAACAAUGCAAAUAUUCUUCUGAAAGUGUUUUUUUGGUGGCUCCACCCAAUCCUUAAGACUGGAUACAUCAGAACCUUAACAAACAUGGAUUUAUUCAAGUUAGCUCCUAAUUUGACUGCAGACGUAAUGGCUGCAAAAUUUAAUGAUUCGCUCUCGCGCAGAGCCAACGGAAACAUCAUAACUAAAAAAAUUAUGGUGCUAUCGUUAAUUGACGUCUUUUUCAAGCAAUACUUCUUAGCAUGUGUGUGUUUACUCUUGUCUUCGGUGUGUUCAACGGUAAAUCCACUUUUAGUCAGGAAUUUGAUUCUUUUCGUGGAAGACCGAGCUGAUAGCGACAACGUGAGUAUGGGAAAGGGUGUUGGGUAUGCUAUUGGUGUUGCCCUUUUGUCAGCGGCAGCUGCAGUCUUCAAUCACCACUUUCUCUAUAGAGCAACUACUACUGGAGCCCAAGCCAGGUCUUUACUUACCAAGGUCAUCUUCGACAAGUCGUGUAAGUUGAGUGCUCGUGCCCGUCAUGACUAUCCUAUCGGUACUUUAACUUCAAUCAUGGGUACUGAUGUUUCUAGAGUUGAUUUUGCAUUGGGUUAUCAGCCGUAUUUCAUCGUAUUUAUUUUCCCAACCGCAAUAGCUAUCGCAUUGUUAGUGAUAAACAUUGGGGUAUCUUCUCUUGUGGGUAUUGGUGUAAUGUUUUUAUUUUUAGUUGCCUUGGGUUUGCUGACAAUAAAAUUGGGGGCUCUUAGACGAUCAGUAUCCCAAUAUACUGAUAAACGUGUGAAUUAUAUAAAAGAAGUGCUAUACAACUUGAAGAUUAUCAAAUACUACUCAUGGGAAGAAUCAUACGUUGAGAAUAUUACCGAAGUACGGAAGUCAGAAAUGAGGUUGGUAUUUAUUAUUCAAACAAUUAGAAAUGCCCUUACAUCUUUAGCGUACUCAUUAAAUGUUAUUUCGUAUAUGGUUGCAUUCUUAGUUUUAUACGCUAUUGAUUCAGGAAGACAUAAUCCAGCUGCAAUAUUCUCAUCAAUCUCCUUAUUCAAUGUGUUGAACCAACAAAUGGUCUAUUUGCCUUUAGUCUUACCAGCAUCUGCUGAUAUGUUGAUUGCAUUGGAUAAAAUUGGUAAGUUUCUUAGUGCUGAAGAAGAUGAGAUCAUACAUGGGAGCAUGCAAACCAAACGAGAAGAUAAUGUUGCUCUUGAAAUAAAAGAUGCCGACUUCGAAUGGGAAAUUUUCGAAGCGACAGAGGAAGGCACUGACGGAGAAGUUCAGUCUGAAAUCGUAGAGGUGAAAUCUAGCAUUGAUGGAAGCAAAGAUGAAAAAGAUGAUGAUUCUUAUAAUACAACUAAAAAUGAGGGCAAAAGUCUUUCACCUUUCAAAUUGGAAAAUUUGAACCUUGAAAUAAAGAGGGGAGAUUUUGUGGUCAUUGUGGGAUCUAUUGGAUCUGGAAAGUCUUCUCUUCUUCAAGCUAUUGCUGGAUUUAUGAAAAGAACCAAAGGAGAAGUGAAUAUUUAUGACUCCUCGCUUUUAUGUGGCCCCAACUGGGUCCAAAGUUGUUCCAUUAGAGAUAAUGUUACAUUUGGUUCUGACUAUGAUGCUGAUUUAUAUAGGGAAGUAAUGGAUGUGUGUUGUUUACAAGAAGACAUGAACCAAUUAACUGCUGGAGAUAUGACAGAAGUCGGUGAAAGAGGUAUCACUCUCUCUGGAGGUCAGAAAGCAAGGUUAAAUUUAGCCAGAGCUAUCUAUAAGCAAAAGAGUAUUAUUCUACUAGAUGAUAUUCUAAGUGCUGUCGAUGCAAAGGUCGGCAAAGAGAUUAUUGAAAAAUGUAUAUUGGGAUUUUUAAGUGAAUCAACGAGAAUCCUAGCCACUCAUCAAUUGUCAUUGAUUGGUUCAGCAGAUAAGCUCAUCUUUAUGGAAAAGAAUGGUAGUUUAAAGUAUGGAACACUUGAAGAAUUGAACGCUUAUCCGAACUUCGUUAACUUCAUGAAGUAUGAUACUUUGAAAAGUAAAAAUACUCAAAAGGAAACUAACGUGGAAGAGAUUGAGUCUGAACUUGACAUUGUUUCCAAACUGAAAGAAGCUUCUUCUUCUGCAAUGGCUACAGGCAAAACGGUCACUGAAGAAGAACGUGCAGUUAAUAGUAUCCUGUUCGAAGUCUAUAAGCAAUUCAUUUCUGCAGGCUCUGGUAUCUUCACGAAAUACGGUAUCAUACCGGUGGUCAUAAUUUUUGUUACUGUGGCCGUGUUUUGCACCAUUUUUACCAACACUUGGCUUUCCUUUUGGACCUCAGAUAAGUUUCCUACCCUUAGCCUGGGGCAGUACAUUGGUAUAUAUGUCAUGUUCACUUGUCUUGCUGUGAUAUUCCUUGCAAUUCAAUUUGGUAUCAUGGCGUACUUUUCUACAACCUCGUCUGAGAUUUUAAACAUCUAUGCAAUCCAAAAGAUUGUGAGGGUGCCAAUGUCAUAUAUGGAUGUGACUCCAAUGGGUAGAAUUUUGAAUAGGUUUACAAAGGAUACCGACGUAUUAGACAAUGAAUUUGGAACUCAAUUGAGACUCUUCGUAUACUCAACAUCAUUGGUGAUAGGUGUAUUCAUCUUAUGUAUAUGUUACCUACCUUGGUUCGCCUUGUCUAUUCCACCUUUUACAGUCAUAUUCUUUUCCAUAGGAAGCUACUAUCUAGCAACUGCGAGAGAAAUCAAAAGGUUAGAAGCUGUUAAAAGAUCAUUCGUAUACAAUAACUUUAACGAAACAUUGCAAGGUAUGGAUGUAAUAAAAGCAUUCAAUUCUGAGCUGCAUUUCAAAGUGAAAAACAGCUAUUUUAUUGACUCCAUGUGUGAGGCAUACUAUAUUACAAUUGCCAAUCAGAGGUGGUUUUGUUUAAAUAUGGACUUGUUAGCAGCUGCUUUCGUUUUGAUAGUUGCAUUAUUGUGUGUUUGUGGUGUUUUUAAUAUCGGCGCUUCAUCAUCCGGUUUAGUCGUGACUUAUGUAUUGCAAGUUGCCUCCUCUCUCACUAUAGUGCUCAGAAGUUAUACAAACAUUGAAAAUGAGAUGAAUUCCGUUGAGAGGGUUCAACAUUAUGCUUUCAAGCUUCCACAAGAGGCUCCGCCUAUAUUGGAAGGUGAUGCUAAACUUCUACAAGCUGGGUGGCCCAAUUCUGGGACUAUUGAAUUUAAAGAUGUUUCCAUGAAAUAUAGACCCGGCUUGCCAUUGGUUUUAAAUAAUGUUGAUAUAAAGAUAAACUCCGGAGAGAAGAUUGGAAUUUGUGGCAGAACGGGAGCUGGUAAAUCUUCCAUUGUUACUGCAUUAUAUCGUAUAUCAGAGAUUGAGGGUGGUCAAAUAUAUAUAGAUGGAGUUGAUAUUUCCCAAUUAGGAUUGAAAACGUUGAGGAGUAAUCUCUCGAUCAUUCCCCAAGAUCCUACCUUAUUUUAUGGAUCCAUUAGGAAAAAUCUUGAUCCAUUUCAGUAUAGUACCGAUGAUAAACUAUGGAAUGCUUUAAGAAGGGUAGGUUUGGUAACGGCUGAAGAGGCUGAGAUCAUGAAAACAUCUCUGCAGACAAAUUCAGAUUCGCUUGAAUUGAAGUUUGGAUUAGACCAAAUAGUAGAAGAUAAUGGCUCCAACUUUUCCUUGGGAGAAAAGCAAUUGAUAGCGUUGGCCAGAGCACUCAUUCGCGAUACUAAGAUACUAGUCUUAGACGAGGCAACUUCAUCUGUGGAUUAUAAAACAGACGCAUUCAUUCAAAAAAUUAUUGCAGCUGAAUUUACAUCAUGUACCGUUUUGAGUAUAGCUCAUAGACUCAAGACGAUCCUAGACUAUGAUAAAAUUCUUGUUCUUGACAAGGGUUCUGUUGCAGAAUAUGAUAACCCAAAGGACUUAUUCUCGAACAAGAAAAGUAUAUUUAGAGACAUGUGUUUAAAAUCUCAUAUUUCAGAAGAGGACUUCCAUAACAAAAGCUAA